CCAGGCAGUGAAGAGCAAGGCAGGUGCUCUGAAAGAUACAGGAACCAAAAAUCUCACAAAAAAUGUGGGAUGUGGCAAAGUGUUGAAAUUCAGUUAUAAUGCUGAAGAAUCAAAGUUAUUGGAGUAUUGUGUGGUAGCAUCAGUGAAAUCAAGAGAGGUAAUUUCCACCCUUUAAGAUAAUUUAGCAGCAGAAGAAGUCAUAAUGUCAGUGUAUCCUUUGGCUGGAAAUCUAGUUUUGAUGGAAGACAAAGACAAGGAUUUGCUAGAAAAAUUGAUUGAAGGAAAAAUUAACUGGAAGAAAGCUUGGUCUGAUCAUAUCAAGCGAUGGUCUCCAUUGGAUGGUGCUGGAGCUAGUAAAAAGCUUGUUUGGCUUCAAGUUGUCAAGCGAUGGGAUGAACAGUUGCAAGGAGAAGAUGGAACUUUGAAAGAUGCAGAUGAGGCACUGCCUGAGAAUUCAGCUGCAGUAAAUGGCCAUAUCAAGGCCGAUGCAUGGGCUGUGGACUCUUUGAAUGAGUUAAUUGAUUCAAAUUUGAAAUUGAAAUCUGAUGUGGAUGGGAAUGAAGCUGACUCUUCCAUUCCAUCUUUUAUGGCUGAUAAGGGGGCUUCUACGGUGGAGUUAGCAACUUAUGGGAUUCUCAAUUAUUGGUGCAUUCUUUUGCCCAACAGUAAAAUUGAACAUAGGAGCAAGACGAUUCAGAAAGAGUUGAAUAGGUUAAAAGCUAGAAAUUUGUAUUCUCUGGCUAAGAAAAAGGGUCUCCAAAUGAAGGGUUCAGAAGAGCAAAUUGUGCCACUUUUAGUGGAAUUAAUGGAGAGAGAUGAUGCAAUGGGGCUGCUUGGUGCAAGCAAUAAGGGCCUUUUAUGUUUUGGUGGUGGAGUGAAGAAUUGCUUGUUGUUGCCAGGUUAUCUUUCCUGGCUUAAGGUGUUGUUUAUAGGUGAGUCUGAAAAAGCGUGAAGGAUUGAUCAAAGCGUUUGUUUGGCUUGUGGGAAUUUUUUGUAUCAAAUUUGUUUGUUAUGAACUUUUGAUGUGUUGAGUUUUGUGUCCAUUAGCAGCUGUGAGCAUGUGUGUUUUGAACCCUUUCUUGUACUAGGUGGGUUUCUCUAGAAGCUGUUGUGUGACUUUGUGUUUUGAGUCUGUUUUGAGGGAAUGUGUGGUUAAGUUUGUUAGUCAGUUGAUUGUUGUGAUUUUUGUUGUGUUCGGGUUGAGUACCCCUUGUACUCAUAUUGAAUAAAUUUUAUUUUUGCUG